UUUACACGAAAACAGUAGUAAUUAGGUGUGAAAACGGCCGUAAUUCAAGGCCUUCGCAAUCAUAAUCUCCACUAAUUAGAUCGCGGUCACGUGGUACGAUACGUCAUAGGUGUCAAUUCUCGAACAGCUGAUCGUAAGGAUUAAGAGAUCAAACCGAUUUUAAAGAUAAAUAAAACAAGUCUACAUUAUGGAAGACAGAAGUUACGACAUUGACGACAUUCCCUUGGUUAUGGACGUUCAACCCUACAUGUUUGAACCCCCGGCAAAUAGUAUUAAUGGAGAAAAUUCGGCGACAAGUAGCGAAGAAAGCGACGACGAAGCCCGUGACAACCCAGGGCACCGGCUGAAUGGAACUAUCUGGUGUGAUUGUGGAUCUUGCGAGGUGAUGAGAACUACAGUCGAGUGUAUUUGUUGCACAGAGAUUUCAGCUGUUGACAACAUCAGAGAAUCUUCUGACUUGGAGUGCAUAACCAAUCAUCAGACUUUCAUAGAUAACUGCUUAAACCUUCGGGUUUUAGAAGUUAGCCUGUACGACUACAUCCAGUCUGAGGGACCAAUUGAUGAUAAUGAGCCUAUCAAUGAGAUCUACAGAUAUGUCGCCUACAGGAGAUUUGUUUUAUGGAUUUGGCAACGACUAGGCAAAGGGAAUCGAAAGGUCCUCCCAGCAUGCGUGGUGUCAAAAAUCAGAAACACAUUCCAAUCGGAGCACUACACUGGUUUCCAAUAUCCUCGGCCCACAUGAAAGUGUUCAACGACAGAACCUGGAUCGACGAGUGGCGAUGAGGUCCUCUUUCACGCAUUCUUCAAAUCCUGAUGUCAGGGACUGUGGGCGGUAACCGAGGAAUCUGUGAGCAUCAUCGGUGGACUGUGUGUAUGUAGGAUGCUGUCUUCGCCUCUCACAAAGAUUCAAUCUGAGGACAUCUACGUAGUCUACAAAAGACAUUAGCAUGAAUUUCUAUUCUUUAGUGACAUGUAGCAUGAAUUUCUAUUCAUUAGUGACCUUCGU